CGAAUGCAGAGUAAAGAUCUUUACUUUGAUUCACAAAUCUUACUAUUUGAACUCUGAAAUUAUUGAAAUUUUUUUGUAUAAACGAUUUGCGGCUAUUGGUUUAAUUUAGGACACGAGUUACACGGGUUCGGCUUGGACUUAUCGGUUACUCGCUCUGUUAUAUAACGAAGGGGCAGAUCCUAACGCGUGUACUAAAUUCUGGUCUCGUGUUUUUACGCAAACAUGUGCCGUAGAAGAAACGUUCUUGCUUUGGGUCGUUCUAACACUUGUGAUGUCUUCAAAUUGUUAUCUGAAUCAUCCAGAAAUUCUCUAGAGACUAAUAGAUACGAAAGCAGGUUUUGCCAUUAGUCCACGUUAGUCCACGUAUAAACUUCUGAAGAACUCUCCGUGAAAAUCCUCACUAAACACUUCCACCACGGCUGAUAUCACUAAUGUCAAUUCCUCCAUCGAUGAGUCGGGAGGUUCUUUCCGUCCUUCGACGCCGAAAAAGAACUUUGGUAAAGGUAACCUGAAAUCUCAAUCAAACGCCAAGCGAUCCGUAAAUGUUGUUAUGGAAGAUGUUUUGAAUAGUUUAAACGAUUCCAGCGUCAGUGUUUCCAGUGACACAUCUGAAAGCAGCUUUCGUCCGUCAACUCCAAUGAAAAGUCUCGAAUCAAGCAUUUUAAAAUCGAACUCCAAACGAUCUGAGUCUGCUGCUACCGAUGAUACCUUAAGUUUAAAUGGAGAUCAGUCACAGUGUGGAGAAGGAAACGAAUCUAUGUUGGUACAAGCUACAGGACUGAGGAAACAAAGGGAUCGAGGGUCUGAAUGUUCUCACAAAGUGAUUGAAAAGAGGCGUCGAGACCGUAUCAACACAUCGUUGGGGGAACUUUCCCAGCUGCUUCCAGCACAGUGUAACAGCAAACAGGGAUCAGGAAAGCUUGAGAAGGCAGAGAUUUUGGAGUUGACUGUGGAGUACUUAAAGGCUCUUCAAGGUCGUCUGGUUGAAAAGCAAGAGAAAGAGAUCAAACCAGAAGAUGAUAAAAAUUCAGUAAAAGCCACCACAGAACCAAAGAACAGCAGCACUGAUACCGAAGUCAAGCCUGUCAAUCACUUUGGAGGGUACAAAGACUGCACUGAAGAAGUCUUCCGCUUUCUGGUCAAUGUGGAAGCUAUGGACAUGCAGCAGCCCUGUUUUCAAAGACUCAUGGCACAUUUAAGACAUCAGAUCCAGUUGAUUGCCGAGUCGAAUUCAGAAGAUAUGAAUUCUAAAGGAAAAGUCAGUACAGAGAACGGAAAGCGCAACACAUCUAAGCGAAGCUUUCAGGGGACUAUCUCAUCAUCAUCAUCCACAUCAUCCAGUACAGGAGAAAUGAGUGGAAGUGGAAGUGGUGGGAAAGCCAAGAGAGCCAGACUUCAUGCACAUCAUAGUAACAAUAACAAGGUACAGAGCAGCAGUAGCAAUGGAAAUAGUACAUCUGGUGGCAGCAGUGACAAUGAUAACAACUCAGACAAUGCCAGAGAAACCCAGAGUGAUUCUGCAAUAUGUUUAGAGGAUGACCUUUCAGAGAUGCCAGGAAGUAAUGGAAAAGAAGGUGACAAUGGUAGCAGAACAAGUAGUAACAGUGUCAGCAGUGGAACAACAAACAGAAGUGUGAAUGAAACCAGCUCUUCAGCCAAUACCUGUCCCUCUAUGCUUUCACAAGGAGGCAACAUUCCACUGCGUGCUCCAUUUGUGCUUCCUUCAUAUGCAGCUCCGACAUAUGCACUUCACCCAGCUGGUACCCAUUACAUUCCAAUUGUCCUGCAUCCAAGUGUACCUGUCCCUUCUGCUUCAACAUUCAAUGGUGCUGCACAGAUUCCAUUUGGGAUGAUGGCAUGGGGGAUGAUGCCCCCUGGAAUGAUGCCAUCUGCAGCGGGUGGAAUGCCUCCUAACCUCCCAUUUGGUUUCCCCUUUCCAUAUGUUCCUUCAGCAAUGCCCCCUUAUGGAUAUCAAGCACCUCCAGUAGGUUUUCCUUUCCUUAAUGGAAUGAGGAAAGAUCUUUCAGGACAGGGUCAAACAGACCCAGGUAAUGGAGACAAUGGCUCUAAUGGUGAUGACUGCAGCAUUGAAUCACGCAUCUCCCCUGAGAGUAUUGCCAUUCAGACAGAUACACCUUCUCCAAGUAACUCUGGUAAUGAAAGUUCACACACUGAUGAAGGAGGAAGUUGAGGUGUACUGAUCUGGACUGUACGACAUAAGCUGUAAAAUUUUGAAAACUUAUGAGAAGUCAGUGGAAAAUCUAUUGUUAUUUGGGGCAUGGAGUUGAUUUUUGAGGAACUUUAUGACAGCAGUGUAAUGGCUUUAAAAUUUCGUCAUGAAGUAGGAGAUCCAUCAAGAAUAAAGGCUGAUAGUUUCUAAAGAAACUGUUUGGGGCUGCGUUGGUGGGGGUAACGAAAUAAUUUCAAUAUAU